UCACAGCGAAGGGUUUGUGGAGGGGGCGAAUUCAUCCCAUCACACCUCCGCUUGUGAGCAAGGCACAGCUGCUGCUGCUGCUGCUGCUGCUGCUGGGAAGCCGCGUGUAACGGGGGGAAAAUGCUAAAGUUCUUCUCCGCGCGGGAUGACGAGAAUGAAAGCCUCCUGGGAGCAAUAACCGAGGAUGAAGGAGACAAUCCGUCUCUCCGGGACACCAAGCACCACUGGCUGAACCGGCCCUGCGUGCUGGUGCUCAAAGAUGGUGACGUGUCCAAACCGGGUUUGGGCUGCGGCCAAAUAAGACCAGAAUCCCCGUCUAAGGCCUCGUCUGAUGCGCCCGUCGCAAACCGCUUUGGGCCAUGUGAGGAGAAACCAUCCCAGCAUCCUGCCAAACUGACUCCACCCUCCCGGCUGGAGGAAGGCAGCUGCACCGUGACCGCCAUCUCCAUGUGGGGGGAGAGUUGUUUCAGGGAGUCUCCCAGCCCGCUGGUGCUGAGCCCCGCAGAGGCCGCCUGGCCGGAGGAGGAAGAGGAAGAGGAGGAGGAGGGUGAAGAAGAAGAAGAGGAGGAGGCUGCAAAGGAGCAGAAGAAGAAGCCCCAGGAGCUCCCCUCGAAGGAGGAGUCCGUGGUGGAGGAGAAGGAGCUGGAGGAGAGCCGGCUGGAGCAGCAAGAGCAGUCCUGCGGCUCAGAGGCGACGGGGCCGCCAUCGGCUCCCUCGCGCGACCAGUCACAUGACCGGUGGUCCAAGGAGCUCCAGGGCCAGUUCAAUGCUCUCAGGUGUAACGGAGGAGACGAGGCCAGCAGCAAGGCCCGGGCAGCCGGCUGUGAGGGAGCCACGGGCGCCCGCGCAGCUCCUCCUCCGGACCCCGACAACGAGCUGAGCCCCGCCGGCAUCCUGGCCAAGGACCGCGGCGCCGUCCUCGGCGAGGUGGCUCCCGUGUGGGUCCCUGAUGCCCAGGCGCAGGUCUGCAUGAAGUGCGGGGUCAAGUUCACGUUUACCAAGAGGAGGCAUCACUGCCGCGCUUGUGGGAAGGUUUUUUGUGCGCUUUGCUCCAAUCUGAAGUUCAGACUCACACAUCUGGAUGGCAAGGAGGGACGAGUUUGUGUCUCCUGUCAUUCAACCCUGGACAAAAGGACACCCCCGAGGGGAAGAAGGAGGGUGUGGUUCGCAGACGACCUCCUCCCCAAUAAGCAGUCGGAGUCCGCGCCGACCACGCCCGUCAGAGGGGUCUCGCCGCUGGUGAGACGAGCGCUCGGCGGGCCGGUUAGAAGUCCCGUGGGUUCCCCACAGAUCCGGAGAGCCUUGCGGCCACGCGGGACGAGCGUCAACGAGGCCUGUGGUCCGUACGGCUGGGGCACCGCGGCUUUAGUGAGCAGCUCUGCCAACCUCAUCCCCCUGGAAGGCCUUCCUCCGAUCCUCACCUCCACAGGAGUCAAAGGAGAUUACACUGUGGAGGAGCAGCCGUCAGAGAUGCUGCUCAUCCAGGAGCUGGAGAGUGGCAGGCCCAAGCCCCUGGUGUUCGUCCUCAAUGCCAACCUGCUCGCAAUGGUUAAGCUGGUCAACUAUGUUAACAGGAAGUGCUGGUGCGUGACGACGAAGGGAAUGCACGCCGUGGGCCAGGUGGAGGUGGUGUUGUUGCUGCAGUGUUUGCCCGAAGAGAAAAGCUUCCCCAAAAACAUCUUCAGCCACAUCAUCCAGCUGUACAGGGACGCCCUCACAGGAAAGGUGGUGAAGCACCUGUCGCUGACCUUGUUCGACGGCAGCUUCCUGGGCAGCGAGGAGCACGCGGGCUUCCUGUACCUCCGCGCCACCCUGCAGUCCCUUCAAGGUCUGCCUCUGCCAAACCAGCCGUACCUCUUUGGCCUGCUGGUCCACAGAGCAGAGGUGGCCUGGGCCAAAGCCUUUCCCUUGCGCCUCGUGCUGCGAUUGGGGGCCGAAUACAGAUUUUACCCGUGUCCUCUGUACAGCGUGCGCUUGAGGAAGCCCUUGUUUGGGGAAAUCGGCCACACCAUAAUGCGACUGUUAGUGGACUUUAGGAAUUACCGCUACAGCCUACCGAUGGUGCCGGGGCUCACCGUGGAUCUGGAGGCUCAGAGGACCUGCAUAAAGAUCCCGACCACCGGGUAUAACGAGCUAAUGAAGGCGUUGAAUAAGUCAAACGAGCACGUGCUGGCCAUCGGGGCGUGCUUCAACGAGACGGCAGACUCCCACCUCAUCUGCGUGCAAGGAGACGAUGGCCAGUACCAGACCCAGGCCAUCAGCAUCCACAAUCAGCCACGCAAAGUUACCGGAUCAUGCUUCUUUAUAUUCAGCAGCGCGCUGAAAGCGUCUGCAGGAUACCUCGCCAAGUCCAGCAUCGUGGAAGACCGUCUGUCCAAGCACGGGCUGAUGGUGCAGAUCACCGUGGAAACCAUGGCCGAGCUCCGCCGGUCGCUCCGGGACAUGAAAGACUACUCGGUCACCUGCGGGCGGCUCGACCAAUCGGACAGCCAGGAGCUCGUGUGUGUCCAGUGGGUGGAGGAGAAAUGCUCGGUGAACAAGGGAGUCAUGAGCCCCAUCGACGGGAAAUCCAUGGAGUCCAUCUGCAGCGCGAAGAUGUUUCAGAAGUCAGAAUACAAAGAAAACGGAAAGAUCAUCCGCUGGACAGAAGUGUUUUUCCUGCAGAGGGGGGGUCAGCCCAAAGGAGGGGCGAGUGACUCUGCUGAACACGACCGCCUGACGGAGCGGAUCGCUCGGGCCUUCUGCCUGGCGCUGUGUCCUCACCUCAAGCUGCUCAAGGAGGACGGGAUGGCCAAGCUGGGGCUGCGUGUCGCCUUUGAAUCCCAAGAGGUGGGAUUUGUGGCUGGGAGCAACGGGCUUCCCCUCCCGGCUCAGUACCUGAACGCCCUGGACAGCGUGCUGAUCCCGGUCAUACACAGCAGGGGGCGCAAGAGGGGCGACGAGCCCAUCGUGAUGGAGUUCAUCUUUUACAUCCUGGAGAACAUCACUUAAGACACACAAGACACACACACACACAAUCCACUAAUUUCAUUUUUUUUUUUUUUUAACCCCGACCACAACUCCGCCCCGUGGCACUUCUCAUCAGUGCUGCCGACGGUUUUCAGGGCAAUAAAAGCAUUCGAAAAAAAGGGGCGAGCCGGACCACAUCCGAGGUCUGCAUCCAUCUCAUCCACUCCCCAGUAGAGAGAAGUGCUUAGUGUUUUGUUUGUUUUUCCCUCAUCUCACCCUGCAGCAGACAAUCUGGGUACGCAUGAAGCCUAGGAUGGGUCCUCAGAUCCCUGUACACUGUACAGUAGUAGCUUCUUCAUAGCUUGACAUCGUCCAGGUCACAACGUCCAAUGCCGGCCACCCGCCCCCCCCCCCCCCCCCCCCCCGGAUGGAGGAUUCCUUUAGCCCCACAGUCUGAAAGCAAAGAGGAAAGGACCCUAAAGAACAGUCAAAUCUGCAGCAAUCUGCAGCACACCGAGUGAAUGCCUAGAAGACGUUUUCAUACUGGUUGUAUUUUACUUGAUUGCUCAUGAAAUGUAACGUUUGGCCUGGAAUUAAACUUGCAACAGUUA